AUGGCGUCGACAGCAGGUGGCAUGGCUCGUCGUCAGCUGCGUCAGUUCAUCCCGCGCACCACCGUCCUAGCCACGCCCACCCCCUCGUGCUCCUACCGCACUGCCGCUGCUGCUGCCACCAGGCCGUUCUCGUCGUCAGCACAGGCUCCCAGCUCGUGGCCCGCCGCGGCUUCACCCACGAGCGACAUCAAGGGGAAGGCUCGAGCCGAUGGGCCCAUUGCAAUCCCCGCACCACCACGCGCCAAGACCAUCGCCGACAUCCACGCACUCAAGCAGUCGGGCGUGCCCAUCGUGUGUCUCACCGCGUAUGACUACCCCACUGCGCUCUCCAUCCGCGCGGCGCCCAUCGAUCUGUGCCUCGUGGGCGAUUCGCUCGCCAACGUCGCGCUCGGCCACUCCUCGACGCAGCCGCUCUCGCUCCACGCCAUGAUCCACCACUGCCAGGCGGUGAGGCGCGCCAUCGACGCUCCGCUCUUCUCCGCCCCCAUCCCGGGUAUCGAUCUCCCGCCGCCGCCGCUCGUCAUUGCCGAUCUGCCCUUUGUCGCCACGCUCGGCUCACUCGACACCGUCGUUGCUGCCGUCGGCAAGUUGAUCCAAGAAUCGGGCAUCGACGGCGUCAAGAUCGAGGGCGAGCACGAGGCGAUCCCGCUCAUCCGGCACCUCACCCAGCGCGGCAUUCCCGUCAUGGGCCACGUCGGGCUGCAGCCACAGCGCAUCGCGUCCACCUCGGGCUACCGCGUGCAGGGCAAGACCGCCUCGGACGCCAAGCACAUCCUCGACGCCGCACUUGCCCUCCAGGCCGCAGGGUGCUUCAGCAUGGUGCUCGAGUGCAUCCCCACACGCCUGGGCGAGCACAUUUCGCACGCGCUCGACAUUCCCACCAUCGGCAUCGGCGCAGGCAACAAGACCGACGGCCAGAUUCUCGUCAUGAACGACGUGCUCGCCGACCUCACCAGUCCCGGUCAUGUGCUGGCCGCACUUGCACCUGCGGAAGCACAGACCGAGAAGCAACACGCCGUCAUGCCGGCGGCUAGCCCACUCGCGCCGGCACCGCCCAAGUUUGUGCGCAACUUUUGCGCUCCCGGCUCGAUUGGCGCACUGCGCAUCGCCGCGGUCCAGGCGUAUGCACGCGCCGUCCGCGAUCGCUCCUUUCCCAACGACCAUGAGGCGUACAAGAUCAAGUCGACCGAAUGGGCCGCCUUCCUCCAGCUCACCUCCUAG